GGCCCCUCCCGCGCGGGCGGCCCCGCUGCCGCCGCCGCUCCCGCUCCCCAAAUAACACCUUGGCGGCGGCGGCGAUCGCAGCGCGCCCUGCCCGGAGCGCCCCUCUCCCGCCCCACCUCGGCGGGGCCGCGCUAUGGGGCACACAUUUGUUCCUGUAGUGGUUUAUAGCUACCAAUAAUCUUCCAUAGUGGGUGCUGUGUCAACUCCUUUGGCAUCUUCUGCUCUUGUUAGUAAACAGAAGAGAACUACUGAACACAAAGCCAAGUACUCUUAAUCUCAAGAGAGAGACUUCGUACAGUAUGUUCUGUACAAAACUGAAAGACUUGAAGAUCACAGGGGAAUGUCCUUUCUCCUUACUGACUCAAAGUCACAUUACUGAGGAACAGGACAAGGACUGCACAGAAACCGGUUCUAGAGCAGUUUUGCCCAUCUGCAAAGAAGUCCAUGAAAAAGAUGCUCAAGGAAACCUUCCACAAAGGAAAACAAGCAGAAGUAGAGUGUACCUGCACACAUUAACUGAAAGCAUCUGCAAACUAAUCUUUCCAGAGUUUGAAAGACUAAAUCUUGCACUUCAGAGAACACUUGCAAAACACAGAAUUAAAGAAACCAGAAAAACUGAGGAUAGAGAAGAUUUUGAAAAACUAAUCAGCGAUCAUGCUAAUGCAGCAGGUGUUUCUGUGGAGUCUCUACGGGAAUCUCUUGGAGAAGAGCUGUUCAAAAUAUGCUAUGAAGAGGAUGAACACAUAUUAGGGGUUAUUGGAGGAACCCUUAAAGACUUCUUGAACAGUUUCACUACACUGCUGAAACAGAGUGGCCACAGCCAAGAAGCGGGAAAAAAAGACAGACUUGAAGAUGCCUCCAUAUUAUGCUUGGAGAAAGAUCAGGACUUCUUAAAUGUAUAUUAUUUCUUUCCUAAGAAAAUCACGAGUCUUAUUCUAUCUGGUAUUAUUAAAGCAGCAGCUCAUAUUUUGUAUGAAACUGAGGUGGAAGUGAUGCUCAUGCCUCCUUGUUUCCAUAAUGACUGCACUGAGUUUGCUAAUCAGCCUUAUUUGCUGUACUCUAUACAAGUAAAAAGUGCAAAACCUUCCUUAUCUCCAUGUAAACCACAGUCUUCACUUGUGAUUCCUGCCUCUAUGUUCUGUAAGACUUUCCCAUUUCAUUUUAUGUUUGACAAGGAUAUGUCAGUUCUUCAAAUUGGAAAUGGGAUAAGAAGACUUUUGACCAGGAGAGAAUUUCAAGCUAAGCCAAAUUUUGAAGAGUAUUUUGAAAUUCUUACCCCCAAAGUAAGCUGCACUUUUAGUGGAAUAAUGACGAUGCUAAAUAUGCAAUUUACUGUACGAGUCAGAAGAUGGGAUAAUACUGAUAUGAAAUCAUCCAUGGUGAUGGAUCUCAAAGGCCAAAUGAUCUAUAUUUUUGAAUCCAGUGCCAUCCUGUUCUUGGGAUCUCCUUGUGUGGAUAGACUAGAAGAUUUUACGGGACGUGGAUUGUACCUCUCAGAUAUCCCCAUUCAUAAUGCAUUGAGAGAUGUUGUUCUGAUAGGAGAGCAGGCCAGAGCUCAAGAUGGACUGAAGAAGAGGUUAGGAAAGUUAAAAGCAACUCUUGAACAGGCCCACCAAGCGCUUGAAGAAGAAAAGAAGAAGACCGUAGAUCUUCUGUUUUCAAUUUUUCCUGGAGAGGUUGCUCAGCAGCUGUGGCAGGGACAAGUUGUGCAAGCCAAGAAAUUUAAUAACGUCACAAUGCUUUUCUCUGACAUUGUUGGAUUCACUGCCAUCUGUUCCCAAUGCUCACCUAUGCAGGUUAUCACCAUGCUUAACGAGCUUUAUACUCGCUUUGAUUACCAGUGUGGAGAGCUAGAUGUAUACAAGGUUGAGACUAUUGGAGAUGCCUACUGUGUCGCUGGAGGUUUACACAAAGAAAGUGAAACACAUGCUGUUCAAAUAGCAUUGAUGGCCCUGAAGAUGAUGGAGCUGUCAGAUGAGGUGGUGUCUCCACAUGGAGAGCCUAUCAAGAUGCGCAUCGGUCUUCAUUCUGGAUCUGUCUUUGCUGGAGUUGUUGGGGUUAAAAUGCCUCGUUAUUGCCUCUUUGGAAACAACGUAACCCUUGCCAAUAAGUUUGAAUCUUGCAGUAUACCUAGGAAAAUAAAUGUCAGCCCAACAACUCACAGGUUGUUAAAGGAAGAUCCAGGUUUUGUGUUCACACCUCGCUCAAGAGAAGAACUUCCACCAAAUUUUCCCAGUGAUAUUCCUGGAAUUUGCUAUUUUCUGGACGCUUAUACUGAAGGAACAAACUCACAGACUUGGUUUCAAAAGAGAGAUUUGGAAGAUAGUAAUGCAAAUUUUUUGGGUGAGGAAACAGGAAUAGACUAAAUUGCACAUUCACAAUGUAAUAAAUUUAUAAAUAUUUGGAUUUUUUUGUAUAAAUUGAAUUUUUUUUAGAAUGUAUUAAACAUGGAAGCACUUUAGAUUGUUAACACCUGAAAGCCAGUAUUAAAAUUUCAGGAAGUAUGUCACUGACUACUUUUUACUCUUCCUUUGCAUAAGGAACAUAGUCACUAAAAUAAUAGUGCAAGUUCACUGUUGAAAAUGCUACUAAAAACUACAUUUUCUCUGUGGUAAUUUGUAAGUGCUACGUAACAACUUUCUCAGUUCUCUCUGUGCUGACAAUUCUAGAUGUAUCGUACAUGCAGUGUGUCAGGAAAUGUAGUGUGCAAGUGAUGCAGCCACAUGCAGUGUUAUGAGCUGGUGCUUAUCAAUGACUAUUAAAACAUAUUUUCUUAGUGAUGUCAUAAGAAAAUCUCCAUUAAAAUAUUGUCAUUGCUAUCACAUACUUCUUUCAGUGCAUUGUUGGGGCCCUGUCCUAAGAGCUGCUGACCAUCUUCUACCACUGACUGGAGUCAAUGUGUAGAGGGUGCUCAGCAUCUUCUGGAUCAGGCUGCUAAUUGUAGCUAAUACAUAUAUAUUUAGAGGAGUUUGCUGCUUACUGUUUCAUGAACUGUAUUUUCUGUAUAAAAUGAAUAUAGAUUAAAGCACUGUGUAAUCACAUACUAAAGUGUCUGUAAUCAUGAAAUAAUAGUUUAGUUCUUGGGGUUUUUAAAAUACUUUACAAAAAAUAAUAUCUACUUGCUAUUAUGUAUUAGAGCAAUAAAUGUGGAGGUUUUGUUGUCAUUUAAAUUCAAAUUUUUUAAAAGAAGUGUAAUAAAACAUGCUUUGGAGUCUUUGCUUAGAAAGGAAGUUCGGGUCAGACUGUAUAAAAUGGAACAGAAGUAUACCAGUUUAAAGCUAUGAUCCUUAUUCAAGGACAGCAUGUUAUGAUUUGUUAUUGAACUACCUAUGGUGUGCUCACUUUAGAGUUGCCAGCAGAAUCUACAGGUGAACAAAAAUGCUUUAAAACAUAUGAACUCAUAUAUGAAGUAUUAAUAUUACUAGAGUACAAGCUUUUCUGUUGUGGAUUGUGGAACAUGAGUGGAGAACUCUCAGGGAUCUGCCUCUAGAACUGGCAGAACAAGAGCUAGUUACGAAUCCUGAGUUUAGGACUCUGCCUCUCUAACUAGUAGAUCCAUCUGCACAGAAAUUGCUCUGUGCUGCACAGUUUGAUCCCAACAACAGGAUGGACAACGUCAUUGCUUACACACAUACAAAUAUUUCCAGUAGUAUCAGAUAUUAUUGUUAUUAUUAUUAUUACCUCUUAAGCUCUUGAGUUUUAGCAUAACAAGCCAUAAAAGUCUUCCUUCAAGCUACUUGCCACUGAAUCAGAUUUUGCUCUCUGAAUAUUUUCUGGGAGCAAUUACAUUAGACUAAGGUGCCAUUCUGUUCAUACUCUGAACUUCACUGAUGCAUUCUGAAGCUCAGUGCAGUGUUUUAUCUUACUGUCUUGCAGCAGAAACUCAUACAGAAUUUGUACCAUUAGAGCCUUGAGAAAAGUCCUUAGAAGUUACUAGCACCAAGAGUAUAUUAAAAGCAUAUUUUAAUUCAGAUUUGCUGUAAGCAUUUGGACAAAACUUGAAACAUUGAAUCCUGCUAGUGCUUGAGGUCUCCCCUAUCCAUCCAAGAUGCACAGAAACUAUAAUUCUGUGACACACAAAAUGGAACCUGAGAGUCUAUGUAUUAUAGAUAUGCACACAUCUCUUUCUCAUAUGCGCCAUAUAUAUACAAACACAUGCACAAGAACACAUUUGUUACAUUUUAAUAGCAGUGUUUCAAGGAAACAAGAAUUAUGCGGUACUUGGCAACUGAUCUUUGAAGUAUUAUUUUGGUCAGAAAAUUUUAUUCUAUUGACAUAAAUACCCAGAGCUUAGUAGCAGUCACAUGUGGGUGCUCCUGGUUUUCAAAAUGUGAGAGUAUUUGACUACUGACUUUUCAGUAGGGUCAUAAUAUUAAGCCAGUAAUGACUGAAGUCAGAAGGAAUCUAUCGAUCCAUGUCAUCUGUUGAAUGUUAGCAAAAAUUUGGGCUUUUAAAUAAUAAGGACUUCUUUCUUUGUGUCUCCCAAAUGGAAUGGGCUCUUAGGAGUGAAUCUCCUUUUGUCCCUUAGAAGGAUCUGUUUGUUGCUGGACUGGGUGAUGGCCAUUCUCAAAGCCAGAUUUCAUAUAAAUCUGUCAUUUGGGAGAAUGUUCAUCUUGGCAGUUCCUGACACCUUCCUAAGUGUCUCUCUUUAAAGUAAAAUUUGCCCUUGGCCAAAGUUCUUAUUACAGCUGAAAUUAAUCUCCCAACAUUAUUUUUUAUAACUCUUCUCUUUUUUAAUACACCCUAGGCUACAUUACCAGCCGGAGUAGAAUUGCUUUUUAUUUCACUAACUUUUUUUCUGAAAAGUUCAAACAUUCCCAUGUCAACUUCAGCCUUAGUUCAGAGAUGAAUCCUGACAAGGUCCUCAAGUGUGCACAUAGAGCAAUAUACUGGUAUCUCAGUGAAGUACAUAGGAUUUAGGCAGGUAUUAAGACAAUGAUUCAAGAAAGUGUUUUAAAAUGUAUUUUUGUUCAGCCCUGUUCUGCAAAAGGCCACACAAGUCUAUGCUUAGCUUUAAGUAUAACAAGAAUUCAGGUCUUGUUGAAGUUGUUCCUCUGUUUAAGAUUUUUGAUGAAUUAAUAUGUAUUUAAUGAAAGGGCAGCUAUUUUUAACUAAUCUUUUCACUUAGAUCUUAAACGUUCCUUUCACGUUUUAACUAAUCUUUUAAAUUAAAGGCAGUGGGAAAAAAGGAAACAGAUAAAGCCAAUAAGCAAAUGGUUGAGAUAAACAAAAGGAAGGCAAUUUAACUGAUACAAUAUCGCGAGAUUUUGCAAAGAAAUAAAAGAAUUGUUUUUAAGCUGAUGCUUUGUAUAUAUGUUAUAUGAUAUCGUUAAAGUCUGCAGAGACUACGCAAUGCUAUUCGUAUAAAUAUCUUAUUAUUACGUCCAGAAACAGCUUCAUUAUUAUGUGAAUUUUUAUUUUAUUAGCUCAUGAAGAUUCUAUGAGGCUGAUUCCUGUUUACAUUUACACUGUGUGAUGGAAGAUACAUUUUUAUCACAUCGCAGUUUCUUUGCCAAAGAAGUGUAAAUGGCCCUUGAAAUAAAUAAAGUGGGUCUUUUGGAUCUUAACAGUGAGAUAGCUGAAGUAAAAGCUAUAGCAAAAGAAUUCAGCUAAUUUUAUUUCAUUCAGGCAAGACCUGAUAAGAUUGCAAGGAGAUGUUGGAAAAAAUCACUGCUGGUUUUAGAGGAAGUGCAAUCAAUGUGGAGUUGAUGUUUUCUUUCUCCCUGAAUUACUGUGCAAAACCAAAGCAAAAACACUACCGUGCAAAAACAAAGAUAGAAUUCAGACCUUCCCCCAAAUCAGUUUAUUUCUCCCAUCGCUUUCUUUUGCAUUCUCUGCAGAAGCAGCUACAACAGAUAGUACAGGAGGCACAAUCAGUAUUUCCAGCUGAAAGCCAUCAGAAUUAAGGGGAAAUUCUCUUGAAUCUUGGCAAGGGGCCCUGUUUUCAAACCCCACCCAUCCUAUAGCCUCGCAGGCCACUCUAGCUGCUACCAUUUUUUAUGUGUGCUCAUUGUUCUGCAAAAGCAGUGGAAGGGGAGUUUUUGUUUCCUGAAACAGCAGUAAUUUUUGUGGCUAUUUGCCAUACAGUGUUCAAGGCACUGUGUUACUUUCAAAGCCCUGCUCCAGUUUAUCAGAAGCCAGCUUGGCAGGAACCAGAUUUAACUCGAGGCUGUUUCUGAAAUGAAAGCCAGGGCUUUCUUUUCUACCUCUAAAGUCUAGACAGAACAGUGUUUAGACCUCUAAAGCGAUCUUUGAUGGUAUGGCUGCUCACAACUGCAUAUGGAGAAAAUAAUCAGAUAUAAGCUUUGUGGGUUUCCCCCCCCCCCCUUUUAUUU